CAACGAACCCAAUCUACAAUGUUUGGUUUGGGGAAAGAAGAAUUAUUGAAUGAUACGGAUUUCAUAAAUUGCUCCGCUAGACGAAUCGAUGAUAUACAACCUUUUGGUAUCUACCCACGGAAAAUCACGAUGAACAUGCUUACAACGCUUGUGUACGCCAAAGUGUUCUCGACGGGUCUUUGGAAAGGGUACAUUAUUGCCUCCUCUCUGAUUGGUAAUUUUUUACGCAAAAAAUGCAUAGAAGAGUUCACCAAAGCUCAGUUUUGUGAUGUUUGUAACGGAAUUCCUGAUGCCAGAAUGUGUAAUGGGACUUGUCAUAACGUUUUGGGUCGAUGUUUCCACUUUGAUGGCAAAUUAAAUGGCUACUGGCGUGAUUACAUGCGUGGCAUGUACGCAUUAGUUGGUAAACUUGAUGGCCAGUACGACAUCACUGCGAUAUUUGGAAUGUUCAGUUUCGAUAUUUCGAGUGCUAUCAUGGAAAUGAGCAAAAAUUUCGGCAAAGUGUUGGCAAAGGCUAAGUCCUUGUGUCCUUCGAAAAAUCGAAGAAAACGAGAAAUAGAUCGCAGUGGAAGUGAUCUCUACCUGGAGGGACAACGAAAAAGAAGAAGUUCACUAAUGAAAACCACGGAAAAUCCACUAUCCUUUGACACCUUUACCAAGGAGUUUCGUGAUGAAUUGAUUAAGUUCGGAGACGUGUGGACUAACCUACCAAAGACGGUUUGUGAUUUGAAUGUGUUUGCGGCUCGUGCACAAAAUGAAAGUUGUUGGAACGGCUUUACGAUACAGAGAAAUUCGGAAGACGUUCCAAGGUUAGGGUUAUCGUUAGUCAAUGCAGAUUUAGAUUAUCAAAGGAAAAUAUCAGAUCAACUUUCGAAAUUGAAAAUAAUGAUCACGAAUCCAGUAAAGGAUGAUGAUGCUAGUGGUGAUGGUUUACAUAGGUCUGAUGACGAAGAGUCAUCUAGCGCAUCUGGAUCUGGUAGCAACGAACCUCUUGGUGACAAUGAAUCUUCUGGUUCCGGUGAAACCAUUAGGGGAAAAAACGUUGUAAAAAGUACACCACCUGUCAUACCAGAUUAUGUCUCGAACGACGGCACAAACAAAACUUCCACUCCCGAGAAAACAGACAAUUACGCACCUACAUCUAUACUCAUUACGGAUGACGAAGAUAUCCCUUUUCCGGCUCUGGUGAUCGUAUAAACAAUAAUACUUUGAGCGACGAUGUUCCCACUCAUUAUACAAACGAUAAUGACAACGACUCUCCUACCACACGUGGUAGCGUGAAAAUCUUUGUGGACACCACGUGGCCCUCACGAGCAUGCCAUGGAAGUGUCAUCUCACACGUUGCUAUAUUUCUCGUAACAACGUCAGGGCUCAUGUUUGUCUGAUGUGGCAGUACGUUUGAGAAGCUGUAUUUUCUGAAGAACGGAUAGUUAUUUUACCCUUGCAUUUCAAAUUUCUAAUGUGUCAUUAAAAAGUUGCCAUCGACAGACCUUAUACAUUUAAUAAUUUAUGCAUAAGUUGCUUAACAUUUUUAUAACCCUUCGCUGUUCUCUCAUCUAUUGAAAGUUAACAAUUAUGUACGAUUGCUUUGUUAACUUGGCGGUUCUCAACUUAAUUUUUGCCAUAAAUAUUUUUUCGGCUUGUGUACUUAACGUCAUUCUCAUAUGCAACUGAUGGAUGUUGGAUAACACUUUUUUUAAAGGAGUCGCUAAUAUAGAUAAAUUAGAAUAUAGAAAAAUUUAAGUAGAGAUAUUUGAUCGUUUGAGCCAGUACAGCAAAUUACGUUGUGGACUGAAUAAAAGUUUGCUGUUGGUUCUGUUCGGUGUGUUUGUAAAAAGCUAAAAUAUCAAUUAUUUGCGGUAAUAAUGGUUAUAAUAGUUAUGUCAGUAGUCAUUAUAAAACGUCUUUAAUCGAUUUGUGUUGUUGAAUUAAAGAAUCGUUCUUGUUUUGUA